GUCGCUCCGCCUCCACCCGCUCUGCCCCCUCCUGGGCCUUGUGGGCCGGGCAGCCAUUUUGGGAAGAGCUUUGUUAUGGUUGUGGGCUAGUCACCUCUGCUGGUCGGAGAAGCUGAGGACGCGUCCUCAGACGCCGCGAGUCGUCCUUGACCGUAGCCCCGCCGCUGCCGGAGAUUGGCAGACUCAAGUGGCCUUUUUAAUGUUUGAGUAAUGAUGGAGAUGGACCCAAAUUAGAAAGUGAUUUCUCCAAUAAAGCAGUAGAAGAUUCUUCAUAUCACUUCUGGAAGCUCAGUCCAGUUUUGGGGAAGGAGGAGAACAAGUGAAAUACAGAAAAUUAAUAAGAAGAAAACCUCAUUUUGGAAUUCUCUUUUCUCCUUGACCCUUAUCUUUUCUACUUAUAAUUUUGCUUUGAAUGUAUAAAUAGUAAAGACCAAAGAAAUAGGGAUAUAUAUUUAGGAGCUUUAUACCAAGAAAUUUGCCUUGAAAGCUGCUAUUCUGUGGCAGGAAAACGUUAUCAAGUUUCUGUUGGAUUCCUUUUUUCAAAAAACAAGAGUUCCAGGGUUAGAUUCUGAGGGUGAAAACGGAUGAAAGCGCAUAUACCUGCACACUGCUUUAAGCAGUCCUGUGAGAUAAUGGGAUCUGUGCUGUGAACGCUUUUGUCGUGGAUAGUUUGCCACUGGAAUUGAUUGCGCAGAAGCUCUCUUACAGUGCUUUACUAUUACAUUUGUGACCUGUCACCUUGAUGACAUUUCUUGCCCAUAUCGGAGACCAUUUGUCCUUCUAGCCAUGACCUUGUUAUGAACAGUGUUUGCACUCACUGUGCAGAUGUCCAUGUUUUGCCUAUUUAAGCAACAUUACAGUGCCAUUACUCAAGGCAGUUGAAUGAGGUGAACAUAGACAUAGCUUCCCCCCCUUUCCCCCCUUUUUUAAAUGUAACAAAUAACCUUUUAUGUUCCCCUUCCCCCCCUUCCCCUCCCCCUCCCCCCUUUGGAAAAGUGUCGGGAACCAGGUAUUCAGAAUGAGCCAUUGAGAGGAUUAAGAGGGUGGGCCACACAGAGCUGGGGGUUUUGUGCUUCAUCACAAGGCGUGCUGCUGGCCAGGCUAUUUUAGCAUCCUUCUUAGAAGAAAACCUCGUGGAAGAUACAGGUGGCAACUUUGGAUACAGGAUCACAGAGGUGACACUCUGAGGAUCCUGGCCAUGAGGUUGGAUGCCUCAUCUUGCUAAAAAGACACUGGACCUAAAUGGCGCAGCAUGACUUUGUUCCUGCUUGGCUAAAUUUCUCAACGCCACAAUCAGCUAAGUCAUCUACAGCCACCUUUGACAAACACGGAGAGCACCUAUCCCGUGGAGAAGGUAGAUUUGGAAUAAGCCGUCGUCGACAUAAUUCCUCUGAUGGCUUUUUUAACAAUGGACCUCUACGGACUACAGGAGAUUCUUGGCACCAACCCUCCCUAUUCCGCCAUGAUUCUGUUGACUCUGGUGUCUCUAAGGGAGCGUAUGCUGGAACCACAGGGAAUCUAUCUGGUUGGCAUGGCUCUUCCCGAGGUCAUGAUGGUAUGAGCCAACGUAGUGGAGGUAGUACAGGAAACCACCGACACUGGAAUGGCAGCUUCCAUUCCCGGAAAGGCUGUGCCUUUCAAGAAAAAACACCAACUGAGAUUAGGGAAGAAAAAAAAGAGGAUAAAGUAGAAAAGUUGCAGUUCGAAGAGGAAGACUUUCCUUCUUUGAAUCCAGAGGCUGGCAAACAGAAUCAGCUGUGCAGACCAGUUGGGACCCCUUCUGGAGUGUGGGAAAAUCCACCUAGUGCCAAGCAACCCUCAAAGAUGCUAGUCAUCAAAAAAAUUUCCAAAGAGGAUCCUGCUGCUGCCUUUUCUGCUGCAUUCACCUCCUCAGGAUCCCACCAUGCAAAUGGGAACAAAGUGUCAACAAUGGUCCCAAGUGUCUAUAAGAACUUGGUUCCUAAGCCUGCACCACCUCCCUCAAAGCCCAACGCCUGGAAAGCUAACAGAAUGGAACACAAAUCUGGAUCACUUUGCUCUAGCCGGGAGUCUGCUUUUACCAAUCCAAUUUCUGUUACUAAACCAGUGGUACUGGCUGCUGGUGCCGUUCUCCAUUCUCCAAAAGAGAGUCCCUCCAGUACUACCCCUCCCAUUGAGAUCAGCUCCUCUCGCCUGACCAAAUUGACCCGACGAACCACGGACAGGAAGAGUGAGUUCCUGAAGACUCUGAAGGAUGAGCGAAAUGGAGACUGCUCAGAAAGUAGAGACUGUGACAAGCUGGAGGGGCUAAGAUCGGAGAGCAGCCACACACCUGAACCAAAGGAACAUGGAGAACAAGCUUGUCUUCAGAACGGUCUUUCUCUGCCCAUGGUUGAGGAAGGAGAGGUUCUUUCACACUCUCUGGAAGCAGAGCACAGGUUAUUAAAAGCAAUGGGAUGGCAGGAAUACCCUGAAAAUGAUGAGAGUUGCCUUCCACUCACAGAGGAUGAGCUCAAGGAAUUCCACGUGAGAACAGAGCAGCUACGAAGAAAUGGGUUUGUAAAGAAUGGCUUCUUACAAAGUCGCGGUUCCAGCCUGUUCUCCCCGUGGAGAGGCACUUGCAUUGCAGAGUGUGAGGACUCAGACACGGAAACAAGCAGCAGCGAGACGUCAGAUGACGAUGCCUGGAAGUAGAAAUAUAAAUGCUCACAGUUGACCUGCCCCGCUGAAUUCAGCCUUGUGUUUAGAGAAUAUAAAGUGUUCUUUUCCUUUUCUUCUGUUGUUGAAUACUUCGUGCACAGGGAAAUAAUCAUAUCCCAAAGAGAGAGCAAUUGUCUUGCUUAGCUUUUGUUUUCUUCCCUGUUAUCUGCUUAAUAGACAUUUGUGUGGUGGGAUUUUUUUUAAGCACACACAGUACCUGUGGGGCUGUGCACAAGUGGGAACUGUCAGGGCAAAGAUGCAGGGAGGAGAUGCUGCUCUGCUCAACAGUUUCCUCUACCAGCCCUUGGGGACUCACCCCUGUGCUCAAGCAAUCAUUGUCAAUGACAAAGUGACUAUUGAAGUUAUAAUUGUAUUAAAUUAAUGCUAAUAAUUUGGAUAUUUUAUUUUAUUUUUGGCUGCUGGGGUAACUUAGCCCUUAACCAAGCAUAUAUGGUUGUUUUUGGUUUUUUGUUUUUGUUUUUUUUUGUUUGUUUUUUUUGUUUUUCUCCUUUUUUUUUUUUCCUUUUGGGUACAGCUGUAAAAUAUUUGGAUAUAGGAAAUGUUAUUCUUGCAGCCUUGAUAUUCAGGGUGGAUUGUAAAAUAUGAAUUUUUGUGAGAUUUCAAAGAUUAAGAUUAUUUUGAUAACAUUAUUUACAGAUUUAAAAGAUGUGGUUACCACAAGUCUGUUGAGGGGAAAAACUACUGCAUAAAAUAACUAACGUGGAAUAAAUAUUUUGCAUCAGUUUGGAUUGUCUUGUGUAAGAAAUAUAUUUUCUUUAAAAUUAGAGAGUGGAUUCUUUUUUUAGGGGAAAUAUUUUUAGAAAACUGGGGGAAAACUGAAUUCAGCCCCACCUGUUUCUCUUUUCAGCAAAAAUUCUUAAUGUGGAAAAACUUGUGCAAUAAAUUAUUCAUAAUAAACUA